AUGCCUCCUGCCGCAUCCAGCACGAAGAAGUCUCCAUCGUUGAAGUUGCUCGUUACCAAGCUGAAGGAUGUCCAAUCUUCCUUUGACGAUAUUUAUCGUUUCGUCGAAGACUUCAAGGAAAAUACAACUACUACCCAGAUUGAAGUGCGACUGGAAAAACUCGACGAACUGUGGGAAAAAUUCAGCGACACCCUUAUAGAGUUGAAAUCUCACGACGACUAUGCAGCAAAGGGUGAUGACUACGAGGAUGAAAGGUUGGACUUCAGCGAUCGAUACUACAGGGCAAAAUCGUUUCUUGUGGAUAUGGCCAAAGAAAGACAAGAGGCACCAGCCAUGGAACAAUCGAUACGGGUCGGUGAUACGUCGGUGCAUAGCACAAUGGACCAUGUGCGGCUGCCUCAAAUAAAGCUGCAGACGUUCAACGGCGACAUUGACGAAUGGCUAGGAUUCCGGGAUCUCUUCACCUCACUUAUACACUGGAAGGCGGAUUUACCAGAGGUGGAGAAAUUUCACUACCUAAAAGGAUGCCUUCAGGGUGAACCUAAAAGCUUGAUCGAACCGCUACAAAUCACUCGGGCUAAUUACCAGGUGGCUUGGGAAAUGCUGGUAAAACGCUAUAAUAACAGUAAACAAUUGAAGAAGCGUCAGGUCCAAUCGCUCUUCAAACUACCAGCACUAACAAGGGAAUCCGUUGCUGAUCUCCACUCCCUAUUGGAAGGCUUCCAAAGGGUAGUUCAAACACUGGAUCAAAUUGUGCAGCCGCAUGAUUAUAAGGAUCUUCUAUUGGUAAAUUUACUUUCUGCACGUCUCGACCCGAUCACGCGAAGAGGCUGGGAGGAGCACUCAUCGAAUAAGGAUCAAGAUUCGCUAAAUGAUUUGACGGAUUUUCUUCAUCGGAGGAUUCAAAUUUUGGAGGCGUUACCUUCAAGGGCCGUGGACACUAGGGGUGUCCAGCAAUCACAACCUCCGUUGAAGCCGAAACCCUUUGCAAUUAAAAAUAGUUUCAACACGGUUCAAGCAAACCACAGUAACUGCGAAGCGUGCAAGAGUAGCCAUCCACUCUAUCAGUGCGGUAAAUUCCAAGAAAUGCCGGUUUCAGAGAGAGAUGUGUUGUUGCGCAACAACUCACUCUGUCGCAACUGUUUCCGCCAAGGGCAUCAUGCGAAGGAUUGCCAAUCAAAAUAUUCCUGUCGCCAUUGUAAAGGACGUCACCAUACAUUGGUUUGCUUCCGAGCUGGGAGGAAUGAGAAGCCCAAGGAUACAGCUGGUAGUCAAGGUUCCAAUGCUUCCGUUUCACAAGACAAUUCAAGUAGCUCUAUCGCUACACCGUCCUCCUCCUCGCAAGUGGCUAAUAUGGCAGCCACUGAAGUUACGUUAGUUGGAUCAGUACAUCGACACUCGUCGCAGGUUUUGUUGGCUACAGCGGUGGUCAUCAUCGAGGAUGAUGGUGGCACUCAGUACCCAGCACGGGCUCUACUCGACUCAGGUUCAGAGAGCAAUUUCAUUUCGGAGCGAUUGAGUCAACGUCUAAAGGUGGAUCGAGAUAAGGUGGACAUCUCGAUAUUAGGGAUUGGUCAACGGACUAGCAAGGUAAAGCAGCGUAUACAGGCCACAGUGUUGUCACGAGUUACUGAUUUCUCUCGGGCGAUGAGUUUUUUGGUGCUUCCGAAGGUGACGGUAAAUUUACCAACGGUUAACAUCGACCCAAUCGGUUGGCCGAUUCCACGAGAUGUUGAGUUAGCAGAUCCUGCUUUCGGUGUUUCUCAGAGUAUUGACAUCGUACUAGGAAUCGAGUCAUUCUUCGAGUUUUUCCAAACCGGACGCAAGAUUCCUUUGGGAGAACGAUUACCCUCAUUAAAUGAAUCCGUAUUUGGAUGGGUUGUGUGUGGCGGUUCAUCUGUGCCCGAUAAGACAUUGAAUAUUAGCUGCAAUGUUUCUACUACGGAAGGCUUGGAAGAGCUGAUGGCUCGAUUUUGGACCUGCGAAGAUAUGGGAUCAACCAGGAACAAUUCACCGGAAGAAGCACGCUGUGAAGAGCUGUUUGUGCGUUCGAUUCAGCGUGGGGAAAGCGGCCGCUACACUGUAUCAUUGCCAAAGGAUGAGGACAAACUAAAACAAUUGGGCGAUUCUAGGGGGAUCGCAUUCCGACGUCUCCAAGGCACGGAGCGGAGAUUGGAAAGGGAUGCUGCAUUACGGGAGCAGUACAAGGCAUUCAUGACCGAAUAUGUGCGUCUGGGUCAUAUGCAGCGAGUCGAUACUACCAUUCCCAACACGGAUAAACGGUGUUAUUUACCACAUCAUCCGGUGGUUAAAGAGGCGAGUACCACCACCAAGGUUAGGGUAGUAUUCGACGCCUCCUGCAAAACGGCCUCAGGAGUGUCGCUGAACGAUACAUUGCUGGUAGGUCCAGUAAUACAAGAGGACUUGAGGUCGAUUAUUCUCCGUUGCCGAACAAGGCAGAUAAUGCUGGUUGCUGAUGUCGAGAAAAUGUUUCGUCAAAUUAAUGUGAACCCCGACGAACGACAUCUUCAAUCGAUUCUAUGGCGCUCAUCACCAAGGGAUGAAGUAGUUACCUAUGAGCUGAACACCGUUACUUACGGAACCAAGCCUGCUCCAUUUUUGGCCACAAGGACACUGAAACAGCUAGCGAUGGAUGAGGAGCAACGAUAUCCGCUCGCUGCCAAGGCAAUUACGGAAGACACAUACAUGGAUGAUGUACUCACGGGUUCCGAUGAUGCAGCGGAGGCACUUACGAUGAGGAUACAAUUGGACAAGUUGAUGGCUAGUGGGGGAUUCCAGCUCAGGAAGUGGGCAUCCAAUUGUGUCGAGGUUUUACGUGGUAUUCCUGAAGAAAAUCUGGCGAUCCGUGGCUCAGAAAUCGAAUUAGAUCCAGACCCAUCGAUCAAGGAUUAG